CUAGCCAUUGAUAGGCCCAGGUACGAUUGAGGGAGAUUGGACAACUCCUAACUUACGAAGUAUUUAUUUAGAACUCCUAACUUAUACUGAGUAUUUAGUUACUGUAAAAAAAACUUAUAUUUAGUUUAGAUGAUAACUUUAUCCAUCUAUCCCACGAGUAAGAAGAACUAAAAUUGAAUCAUGGCAACGAGUUAUGGCGAUAAUUUUGGGUUAUGGCUCCCGCAGCAUCGGAUGGUUUUGCCUUUAAUGAUCCUCGCAGGAUUGGGGCUUGGAAUCGGAACUGUAAUCUCUUCACAUUUACGCCUGAAAAAGAUGGAGAUGAAGGAUGAUGAUGGCUACACAGGGGAGGACCUAAUAAGUGCAAUGCCAAAUGAUAUAUUGUGCUCCAUCCUCUCACGUAUGGAUACAAAAGAUGUGGUUAGGACUAGCAUAUUGUGUCGCAGAUGGAGUACCCUCUAUCUUUUUCUGCCUUAUUAUUCUUUUAGCUGCCGAUGCUCGUUCGAGAUUCCUUUCUUUGGCCAGUGUAGUUGUACAGCUGAGAACAAGAAGAAAUUUCUGACUGUCUUGGAUCGGUUUUUUAGAAUCCCUAGAGGAGCUGGCUGUGAAAAGAUUAAAUCUUUCAGCCUGUCAUUGUGUGUGAAGAGAGAUUUCAUGUGUCACAUUGACCGUUGGGUGCGUCAUAUUGCUGGAUGGGGUGUGGAAGAGCUUGCAUUCAGGCUGUGUUGUCAACAGAAUACAGAACAAAUCACAUUUCCGCUUCAGAAGCUUUUAUGCAAAGCAGCAGCAGCACCGAUGCUCAAAUCUCUGCAUUUGGUCGCAUGCGUCCUGGAACCCUUCAAUCCCCAACGGCCUUUCAAGUCUCUAACAUCCCUAAGAUUGGGUUAUAUCGAAUCAGUUGAUGUGCAGGGCAUAUUGUCAUCAUGUCCGGAACUUGAGUCUCUAACGUUGGAGUAUUGCCGUCUUCCUUCUAAGGUGUUCAUUGGUGGAGGGAAACAACUGAGGUUGAAAUCAUUAACCAUUAAUGGGUGUUAUGGGGGGGUCGAGGAGAUAUCUCUUUGUGCUGAAAACCUUGUAAUCUUGGAAGUUGAAUUUCAGACAGAUUCAGCAAUGUUUUCUCACCCUACCAAUGUCCCCAAGCUCCAGCAUUUCAGCAUGUCGGUAAUUCGCCCCAUUGAUAUAAGGCACAUCAUUAGCUGGGUAGGAAAGGAUUGUCCUCAGGUUGAAUCUCUUUAUCUUGAUUUCUGGUUGGGAGACCACACUUGCUCAUAUAGUUUGCCACGCGAGGUGCCCACAUUUGGUCGUAUGAGGCAGCUUUACAUACUAAUGGAGUUCAAUGAGUUGUUUGAUGUGACCCAAGUUGCUGCUUUAAUGACUGGCUGUCCACUGCUUCAGAGAUUGCAUUUAGUGGGAAGGGGGAGAAAAGUAGUCCAUUCUUUUAUUAAGAGGAGUGUACCUCUCAGUAAUAAUAAUCUUCAUCUUCAUCUUAAAGAAGUAGAAUUUGGUGGGUUCCUUGGUUUGGAGAAUGAGUUUGCUUUGGUAUUGUAUAUCCUUAAAAGGGCUUGGUUUCUUGAGAGGAUGGUGUUAAGCAGGGAUUAUAGGUGGUAUACUGGUGCAAAUGGAAGGUGGGAGGAGAGAAAAGAUUACAUAGGGCCUACUUGGUCAGAAAAUCCACCGUAUACUGUCACGUUUGAUCACACCAAAUCACAAGCAAUCCGUCAGCGAUUGAGAGGGCAGGCUGCUUCUCCAACAGCGCAAGUGAUCGUCAUUUAGGAUAAUGUGCUCUUACCAUUUUUCCCUUCUAACUUAUUCAGUUUAAAUUUUAAAAUUUUAAUUGUUUGGUUUGCUCUCGUAAUUAUUACCUAUGUUGUCAAAACUGGACCAAGAGGUGACACGGGUAAGGGACCGGAUCAAGGGUCAACCCGGUCAACGUUUAUAUAUAUGUGUGUGUAUUGGUUCAAAUAAGAACAAGUCUUAAUUUAAGAAUUGAGAACAAAUCUGAACCAUUCAAAAUACACCCAAUGUUGAGAUGAACGAAUGAGUAGAAGAGGGCAUCUUUGUAACAUUCUUUUCGUUAGUUUUUUGUAACUGCCAUUUGCAAUUAAUACAAACAUUCCAAUUUAGUAAA